AUGCCAAACUCCUGGCAUGGCCAGCACCUGGCCUGUCAUCCAGUCAUCGACGGUGUGCGGAAUCUAUAUGGAUAUCAGCCUUCUUUGGCAGCUGGAGUGUUCUUCUCGAUCCUCUUCACCAUAUUGAUGAUUUUUCAUGUUGUUCAUUGUAUUCGCAGAAAAACAUGGUGGUGUAUGGUCUUCGCCAUUGGCUGCUUAGUUGAGGUCCUGGGGUGGGCUGCUAGAACAUGGUCGGCUAAAUGCCCAUAUACCAAGUCUGCAUUUCUUAUGCAGCUCGCUACACUGGUCAUAGGUCAGGAUAAUUGUGAUAUGCUACGGACCGGAAUUUACUUACUCUUGGGGUAUAUCAUCCGAAUCUUCGGACGGAAAUCUUCCUACUUCCGGUCAGAUUGCUACUUCUGGUUCUUCACCGUCUGCGAUCUCAUUUCCCUCGUAGUCCAAGCGGUUGGGGGGGCUCUUGCUUCCGCUGCACUCAGUGCUCACCGUGAUAUGAGCAAUGGGACCCAUAUCAUGAUUGCCGGUAUUGCAUUUCAGAUGGCCUCAACACUCGCCUUUGCCACCUGCAUGGUGGAUUGUGUCUUGAGAACCAUCCAUCGCCCGCGAGGUACGAUUCCCAAAAGCGUCUCAUUUCUGUUUGCUGCUAUGGUUCUCAGUGUUCUAUGUAUCUGUACUCGAAGUAUAUACCGGCUCGCUGAGCUGUCUCAAGGAUGGACGGGUUAUCUCAUCACACAUGAGAAAUAUUUCAUCAUAUUGGAUGCAGUAAUGAUGGCUAUAGCAGUCGGAAUCUUUGUUAUCUUCCAUCCUAGUUUGAUGGUAUCUGCAGCAGCUAAUCCACCGAUGGGAAGACGCUAUCGGGAGCUGGCGCCGAUCAAUGUCAAAUAA